AUGUCGCCUGAUCUCGUUCGACGCCGCGUCAGCCGCUGGUCGGAGCCUCGUCGCGGCGGCACGACGAAGCUUUCGCCGCUCCUCUUGCCGCUUCUGCUCUCGCUCCUUGUCUCAUCGUCGUAUGUCGCUCGCCCAGUCGUCGCACAGCAGUGCUCUGCGACCGUUCUCUGCGCCAAUAACCUCUGCUGCAGAGUCUUAGACUUCAAGCAUUCCCCCGCGUUCCCCUUCCCCCGCGUGCCUCUACGCCCUUGCAUCUCAACCGUCCCUUUCUUGCAGCAAGUGGGGUUGGUGUGGCUCCACCGUCGAUUACUGCGGCGCUGGCUGCGUAUCCGGGCCCUGCAGUGGAGCCCCUUCCGCCUCCCCCCCUCCGCCUUCCGCCUCUCCGCCUCCCCCCACAAGCUCUCCGCCUCCGCCCACCAGCUCUCCCCCUCCGCCCACGAGCUCCCCGCCUCCGCCAACCACCGGGUCCCCACCUGUGUCCACCAAUGGCCAAUGCGGCGCUCAAAAUGGCAACAGUAUCUGUCCGAACGGUCUCUGCUGCAGCAUCCACGGCUGCGCAUGGCAUACUUUGUCAACUGGGCGGGCAUGGACCCAUCGCUCAUCCCUGCUGCCAGCCUCACGCAUGUGUUCUAUGCCUUUGCUCUCAUCAAUGCCGCCACAUACCAGGUCGUCCCGUCCAACCCCGCGGUCGACGUCACCCAGGGUCUCUACCUGCGCUUCAACUCCGCUCUAAAAGCCGCCAACCCCGCCAUCAAGACCCUCCUCUCCAUUGGGGGCUAUUCUGCUGGCACCUCCACAUUCACCAACGCCGCCUCCUCCGCCUCCUCCCGCUCCGCCUUCAUCCAAUCCGCGAUCCAUUUUGCCCGGUCGUACAAUUUCGACGGUCUGGAUAUUGACUGGGAGUACCCGACCGGGCAGAUGGCGCUUUUCUCUGCCCUGCUGACGGAUUUCCGGGCGGCGAUCGAGUCCGAGGCGGCCAGUUCAGGGCGGCCGAAGCUGCUUCUGUCAGCGGCGGUUUCAGCCUAUGAGCCUACUGUUACUCAGGCCUACGACGUCCCGAUGCUUAACAAAACACUGGACUUAGUUAACAUAAUGACUUACGAUUUGCAUGGGUCGUGGGAGGCAAAGACCGGCAUGCACACUGCUCUGGAGGAUCUGAGCAACCCGCAGCUGAGCCUCAAGGGUGCCAUGGCUGCCUGGGUGUUCUUCCACCAUUCCUUGCAUUUGCCCCCCUUCAUCUCCUUCCUUUCAUCCUGA